UUUCACUUUGGAAAUAAAAACAAACUAAAUAAUGUCGAGUAAUUUUAAAUAUACUGUUAAUCGAACAAUACGCCCAUAUAUAAAAUAUAUACCACAGUUGACAAAACCUGUGCUGCGUGUGCUGAUACAAGUGUCUGUCCAUUACAUAGAGGAAAGAAAAUGCACACCCGAAGUACUUGAUCUGGCGUUGAAUAAACUAACUCAUUCCGGCAACAAAAUACCUGAAAACUUUUGUGAACUCUUUGCUGCAGUAUUACAGAUAAUGCAAAUAUUUUUGCGUACACCUAAAGGACACAUCAAAGAGCAUGAGUUACGUGACUGUCUGAAAGAACUGAAAUUCACGGAAGAAUGUGUGGACGAUCUAAGUAAAGUGCUGCAUAACCAUCGUACCUCGUUGACUAAAAAUUUUGCUGUAGCUAAACUGUCACGGUCCACUGCUAAGAAUCUUCAAUGGCGUAUUAAUAUUUCAUUGCAUGAAGGCAUAAUUCAGAGUAAUGCUCCAACAAUUAUACUGCAUUUCCAGUUGCCAGAUGGAAAGUAUCGUACAUUGGAACUUCCUCUCGCCAUGUUCCAUCGGUUACGUUACAAUGUUGCAUUGCUAUUAAGUGAAAUGCAGGCUCUAGAAAAUCGUGCUGUUAUGAAAAAAUUUUAAAUUUUUGUCUAUGCGUUCCAGUGCAGCAUUGAAUGCAGGCACAAAAACUUACUGAUGUUGUCUAUAAUAUUUUCUUGUUAUUGAUUGUUGGCUUCUGUGGCUUAUUCGAUUAUAAAUGUACUCAAUACGGCUUAAGUGUACUAUUAUAUUAAUUAGUAUCAAGUUGGUUGUUAAUGUUUAGACUGUUUUACAGCAUUAAUGUUCGUAUUUAAUAAAGUAUUUAUGUAUUUGUGUAAUAAUGUAUUUAUGUAUAUUUAAUCAAAACAAAUUUAUAGAGGACAAGUAAAAUGUAGUGAUGUGAUAUAUUAAAGUUAUUGCUUAAAUUAUUUUAUUUCAUUUUGGUGUGAA